GGGCCCAAGAUGGAGCGUAGAUGACCUCCUCGAUUUCGAGUCGACACGACCUCCACGUUCAAAAGAAGAUACCGACGUUGGCUCAGAUCCGUGCUGUGCUGAACGAUUUUAUCGAUCACCUUUAUCAAACUCUAGACAUAGGAUGAAUUGUGACCUUGUGAUGUCAGAUAUAAACCAAAUCGGUUCUAUUUUCGACUUGAGGGAGGCAUACGAGGCUACGUCAGACCAAGAACGUGAAAUUUCUGGUUUGAGCAAAGAUAUCAACACUGGCCCCGAAGAUGUACAAGUACGGCCCACCGAUACUGUGCACACACAGGCAACGAAUACACAUGCGUCGAAGCGACGACGGUGCCGCAAAGGGCUGCCCCUGUCGUUCCAUCAAGGUGGUGUAAGACAAGAUAUUAUCACUAUGUACGACACUGGUACGUAUGAAAACCAUAUGACACUAGACGCUGCCGAGAAGCUAGGUUACAAACUCGAUGAAAACUCGUCCCAUAUAGGGAGCUUUGAACUACCAAACGGCAAGAUCAUUCGGUCUCUUGGACGUGUUGUUGCGCAAGUACAGUUUGCUUCAGGCGACGACGCCGGUAGUGAAGUCAUGCCAUGUUGGUUCAACAUAUUCGAGAAGCUUGCGAUACCAGUACUUGUCGGCAUGACAUUUCUUGACUUUACUGAGACUCUUACGAGGUUCAGAUCACGUCUCAGAGAUCUUCCUUCCCGAUGUUCUCAACAGUAUUUUCGCUUAUGUGCUGUUGGAAGCCAGACCAACAGCGUGUCUUGCGUAAUUGAUGGCCGGCAAGCUCAGGCACAGGCAGACACCGGCGCUAAUAUUUCCCUCAUAAGCGGACAUUACGCGGCAAAGAACGGUCUGUUGCGACGUUACAGAUGCGAAGAGCUGCAGCUUGCCGAUGGCAGCAUCGAGCACACAAGCGGUUUUGCAGAUGUGGAGAUAUCCGUGCAAAAUCCCUCUUCUCUCUCCACAACUACUAGGAUCGUCAGACUUCAUGUCCUGAAAAGUCUUUGUGUCGAUGUCAUUCUUGACGAAGACAUCGUCGACGACCUCGAAAUAUUCCAAUCUGGAAUUGGCACGGUACUGUCCGCAGCCCCGAACGUAACAGCACUCUUUGCCCCUAUUAUUCAUCUUCGCACUCUCGAAAAGGGGAUUUUGCGCGGAACGGAGAAGAUAAAAGAUGUGAUCUCGUCGACUCUCAGGUCCAGCGAGAAGUCCAGCGGGCCAAUACAAACCAGCACACCGGACCUGGAUACUCAACAAACCAUUACAAGGAUCCUUGACAACAUCAACGCACUUGAUCAGAAAGAGAACAGAAGGAUAUCCCAGGCUAGGCUCGGCAAGGUUCCAGACCAUAAUGAUGUAUUGCACAGGCGGUAUGUCGAAGAACGAAGAAUCUGUAAUUCUAUACUAGACCGUCUAGGAUACUGCCCUGCUGCUACUAGUACUUCGUAGCCUGUACGGAUAGACGCAGUAAAAGCCUUUUGCCACAAAAUGUCCCACACACUUUGAGAAAACAACCCUGUUUGCCCCUGUUGCUAAAACUACCAUUUCAAGACCUUCUAACAAUUUCCAUACCUGCGUGGCGUAGGUAGCUCUUAGUACGUAACUCUCCCUGCACUGUACUUAUAACGUCUAGUUAAAGAACAUACUACACAAAGCUAUCUGUUAGGGUUCUAGCAUUUGGUAAUGUUAGAGAGAGCAAAGAAAGAGAGAGCAGAGAAAGAGAGAGCAUAGAAAGAGAGAGCAGAGAAAGAGAGAGCAGAGAAAGAGAGAGCAGAGAAAGAGAGAGGAGAGAGAGAGAGAG